AUGCUUAUGAUUUUUAAGUCGUUUCAACCGGCAACGUUGAUACCUGCACUGCGUGCUGCUAUCGCCUUCAAUUGUGAUAUCCAGCGAGUCAGCAGCUUUGACCGGAAACACUACUUCUACCAGGACCAACCGGCCGGCUAUCAGAUAACACAGUACUAUGACCCCUACGCAAGGAACGGCAUCCUCCGUCUAUACAAGCAUGAUGGAAUCGCCCCAGAAGACGGAGACUGCGUUGAAAUAGGCAUCAAACAGAUUCAGAUGGAGCAGGACACCGCCAAAUCCCAAGAACUCCCCUCGCACACAUACCUCCUUGACUUUAAUCGUGUGUCCCGGCCACUCAUCGAGAUUGUCACUUUGCCACAGAUCCACUCGCCUGCCACGGCUGCGGCAUGUGUUAAAAAGAUCCAGGCAAUCCUACAAUCGUGUGGUGCAGUCACGACGGGAAUGGAAAUGGGAGGCCUGCGUGCCGAUGUCAACGUCUCCGUUCGCAAGCACGAUUCUGCAGCUGGCACGCACAGAUACCAGGGAAUAAUGGGACUGGGCCAGCGAACAGAAAUCAAAAACCUGAGCAGCUUCAAAGCUGUUGAGGAUGCAAUCAUCGCGGAGAGAGACCGCCAAAUCGCGGUGCUCGAAGCCGGUGGGACCAUUGAGGGAGAGACACGAGGAUGGACACUUGGCAGCACGGAAACCAGAAAGCUACGAGGGAAAGAGGGAGAGGUGGAUUAUCGGUACAUGCCAGAUCCUGAUCUGGGACCUGUGGUCAUUGGUGAAGACGUGCUGCUUGAACUUCACGAUACCAUGCCACCGCUGCCCGAUGACAUAUUCAAAACACUCACGGAGGACCCACAGUACGGCCUCUCGGCUGAGGAUGCUAAGACCUUGUUGGAGCUGGAUGAUGGCACCCGACUGGAUUACUAUCAAGAUGCAGUCGAUAUGCUUAAUUCCUUCCAGGCCCAAAACCCAGCGACCGUGAAAGGGUUUGCUGGGGGGAAAAUGCUCGGAAAUUGGGUCCUGCACGAGCUGGGCGGCUUAUUUAGUAAAUACGAGCUUCCAUGGGAUCCAAACCGCGUCUCGGGACAGGCCCUGGCGGAGAUAGUCCAUCUCCUAUCCAGGAAAGCAAUCACCGGGACCACCGCCAAAUCCCUUCUCGCAACAGUGUUUGAAGGAGACACUAGGGCAAUUCAGCAGAUUGUGGAUGAAGAAGAUUUAUCAUUCAAGCCACUGUCACGAGCAGAGUAUAUUGCUCUAGCGGAAAGUAUAAUCCAGAACAAUCCGGAGACAGCAAGGGAGAUUCGCGAGAAUGGAAAGUUGGGUAAGAUCGGCUGGUUUCUGGGCCAGAUGAUGCGACUGGGUGACAAGGGAAGGGUGGAAGCACCCAGAGCUCGGAAGAUCCUAGAGGAGCUUCUGCGAUAAUAAUGGGCCGUCUUCCACCUCCCGGAAUAUCAUGUGUAUUCAUACCUGUACGAUAGU